AUGCCUAUAGCAGCCCAAGUGCAAGCAACUGAAGCACAUGAGAGCAAAGUUUCUGCAUCCCAGAAUGGAAGGACCAGAUUGGGAGUUGGUGGGAUUGCUGGCGUUGUGUUUGGUUUAGCAUUUGCAGCCUUUGUGGCCAUGGGUGUUUACUAUGUACUUGUCUCACGUAGAGACGAUAUGAGGAAAGCCAAUACUGUUAAACCUGAUGUAUGA